UGGGACUUACACUAGAACGUGUCGAAUCCUGAUGGAAUCGAAAACAAUGAAGCUGUCGAUCACUUUCGGUGUAUUCGUUCUCUUGCCAUUAAUCGCGUCUGCAAACAAUGUACAUGUCAAUUACACUGAAGAAUUCGUGGACAGUUACAAGUCGAUCGAGGUGAAAGAUAUCUAUAAACUGAUAUCGGACGUUCCAAAUAUCUGUGCGAAUGAGACGCUCACGUUAGAAUUCUCUUCGUCGUUAACGCUUAAAGGCAGUUUUAUCGGUGCUCCUACCAUAAAAUGUAUCACCAUGAGAACAAGCAAACUUAGUAUGAUCUCAGGAGCUUUCAACAAUUUAACAGAUUUAAAGUAUCUUGAUCUACGCAAAAACAGUAUCGACCCCAGUGAUUUAUUCGCUUUUGGGCCGCUUCCGAAAGUUAAAGUGCUGCUCCUUGGAGAUCAAAGUUAUUCGUAUUCAAGAGAAACGAUAGUAAACGAUAUAUAUCCUGAGCUUGAAUAUUUGAAUUUAAAAAACACUGGAAUUAGCAGCCUCAGCAGUAUACAGGAGAACCCCUUCCCGAAAUUGAAGUAUCUGAAUCUCGCAAAAAACAGGAGACAACUCUCCUUGAGUGCCAUAUGCGACUCGCUGACGCAUCUUGACCUCAGCGACAACAAGAUCGACCGUUAUACGCCAAGAUUCAGUAAUUUGUCGUUCCUGUGGUUAGACAACAAUAAUAUCAAAGAAAUAGGUGACUACGGACUUGGUCUGACGGGACUGAAGCAAUUGGAAAUUUUAUCAAUAGUGAACAACCAAAUCCGUUCUAUCUCUAGAAGAGCAUUCAGUAACUUGGCGAAUCUCCGAUACUUAAAUAUGUCUUACAACUUGUUAUCUUCUUUUAGCUUAACAUCUGAGCUCGAAUAUUUGAAAUCGCUCGAGAUCCUUGCAUUAGAUCAUAACUCGUUCGAAGAAGUUCCGAAACUGAGUACGUCGAACAUGACGAUACUUACAUUAAAGUGUAAUAACAUAACGCACUUGACGGUGAACUCUUUCGUGAAUGUGACGAAUUUAAGAAAACUGGAUUUAAGUAACAACCGAAUUUCAUUCCUUCACCCAGACGUGUUUCAAAAUCAAGGACUAUUAGAAGAACUCCGCUUAAACAACAAUGAAAUCGAUUAUUUGCCUGUGGAUUGGUCUAAACCACUGAAAAAUCUUCGAUAUUUAAAUUUAUCGAAAAACAAAUUUGUUUCGCUGGAAUCUCUGCUCUAUUCGAGUUUGCCUUCUAGUUUAAAGAUGCUGCACUUUGCAGGCAACAAUCUUUUGUACUUAAAGAAAUCUAUACUACAAAUGAUACCAGACAAUUUGACUAUUUAUUUAACGAAUGGCGCAGAAUCAGAGCGGUGUAGCUCUCCAUCAUCGUUAACUACAAAUUCUGAGUCACGGUAUAAGUAUUAUUAUGAUUACCAAUUAUAUGAAAUACCAAAAGAUUUAGUAAAGAGUGACACAAUAAAAUCUAUCUUUUUAAGAGAAAACAAGAUCUCAGAGGUACAUAAAGAUGUAUUUAAAAACGCACCGAAUUUAGAAUGCGUGGACUUGACACAAAACAGAAUUAUGCUGAACCAGUUAAAAAUCCAGCACGACCGUUUGAAAACUUUGAUAUUAGACAAUCAACAGUCUUCAGAAACAGUGGAUAUGUCAUCGAACGAGAUAGACUAUUUGGUCGAUUCCAAAGCUGCCCUGCCCAAUUUACGGACUCUAUCGCUCAGGGGAGCAAAUUUAUUCCAAAAUAUGUCGAAUUUGGAAAAUUUAAAUUUGGGAUAUAAUCAGCUCCAAGAAGUGCCGUAUUUAGUCUAUUUAAACCACCUGAAACAGCUGUCAUUGAAUUAUAAUUAUAUAACUGAAUUUAUAAAUAUGAACAUGCCGAAUUCCUUAAGGGUGUUGAGUCUAAAAGGAAACGGAAUUACUACUAUUGAUAAACUGGCUUUUUCAAAUCUGUAUCAACUUCAAGCGUUAGAUUUGUCAGAAAAUCAAAUUCAAUCGUUACCUGACGGAUGGGACGAGAGCUUACAGAUGUUAGGACAUCUAAAUUUGCGAAUGAACAAGUUCCUUAAUAUACAAAGUAUGAUGAUAAAGUACCUACCGAACUUAGAAGAAUUCUAUAUGCAGUUUAUAUCGUGGACGGUGUUGUUCGUGUUCCUUUUUGUCAUGGAGCCGUCGGCCGAACAGGGUCCAACACCAUGGCGUCCUAAGCUUGGUGGUCUCAGCAAUGAAGAAAACCAAAUUAUCUCUAAUAAUUUUGAGAAAGAUGGGGCGGAGUUUCACGGAAAACAAUGGACGAUAAGAUCAACGACAACGCGAAGGCCGAUAGUUUCGACGCGUAAACCACCGGUGACCCAGACGUCGGUCUGUCCAAUUAUAGAAUGCAUCCCUAGUACAAUACUUAAUUUGAGCAACACGGGCUUGAAGAGAGUCGGCGAUGAUUUCAUCGACAGCUCGAACACGAGAGAACUAUACCUCGACAACAACGAAAUCACGGAAUUCUCGCCGAUAGCGAUCAUGUCGCUGACCAUGCUCGAAGUCCUGAGCCUCUGCGAGAACAAUCUGACUACCGAGAACAUCCUCUGGUUCAAGGAGCACAAAACCUUGCGGAAACUUAUCAUAGACGACAACAAGCGGCGCGCAGAAGACAUGAGUAUCCGGAAGACGUUACAAUCGUUACCGAAGUUACGAGAGUUGUCGUUGAGGAGAAAUGCAAUUUCCCGGUUCGAAGUUUCGGUAAAGAAAUUCGCACCCGGUUUGAUCCUGUUCGAUCUUUCCGGGAACGACAUCGAAUCGACGGACUUCUUGGACGACCUACCAGGGACCUUAUCCGUGUUACGUUUGGACGAUAACGCGAUUUUCAAAAUAAGAGAAAACGUUUUGAACAAUCUCACGAGUCUCUCUUUGAGCGGGAACAAGUUCAAGCAAUUGUGCAGGGACGAGUACGAAUCGUCGAACUCAUUGGACUUAAAGGGUAUGAGGAAGCUGGUGUCGUUAAACAUGUCCCGUAACGACAUCGACACGGUGUCGGACGGCGCUUUCAUGGACACGGUGAAUUUGGUCACCUUGGAUCUGUCCGGGAACGAGUUAAAGUCAUUACCAAAGGACGUGUUUCACGGGCUGAACAAACUGAAGGAACUUCGUUUAAACGACAACAAGCUCGUUGCCGUGCCGAACGUGUGCCCCUUGAACAGUCUGAAACUUUUGGAUCUGAGCAGCAACGUGAUCGAAGCGGUGGCAGAUCUGAACUUCUGUUCAACGAUGUACGUAGAGACUAUAUUGCUGGCGAAUAAUCAUAUCCUGCACGUGGUCGACAACGCUUUCGUCAGCUUGCAAAGAUUGAGAACGUUGGACCUUUCCAAGAAUCUGAUCGACAAGCUACCCAUGACGUUGAUAACCAACUCGAGGCAAUUGGAAGUACUGUCGCUGAAGGACAACAUGAUUACGGACAUCGACGAACUGUACUCCUAUAAUACGAUACGACUGGUUGCGGAACAGUACACUUUGCAGAAGCUACACUUGGAGGGAAAUCCGUUCGUGUCUCAUAAAAUCGGCUACAUGCCGAAUUUAACGAUCCUGCUGAAAGAACGGAAUGAGCAUCCGUUGAAGGUGGUCAAUGCUACGGACAGCAAUCCCAAAGCUAACAACAAGGACGACGACAGCGAUGAAUCUUCCUCGAAUGACAGUUAAUAAUUCUACGCUAUUUGAAACGACUUCUAUUUUACGUAUGGGCUAACGAGAGAGGAUCCAAUGAAUCGCUGGGACAAUUCGCAGUAUUAUCCAUCAUGCAUUUUACUUAUUCAUCGAUUUUGCUUUUUAUUCAUGCUUCCUUCCGCGUAAUAUGUCAUAAAAUUCAAUAAUGUUCCUUUUACUAACCAUUUACUAAUCGUACGUAUAGAAAUACCAGUUUUACUAACAAUUUAGAUU